GACAGCGGCGGGACACGUGACACGGAGCGGGAGCGGGCACAGCCAUGGUGUCGGGCAAGCAGCUGGCAGACUUUGGCUACAAGGCCUUCUCGGGCUCCAUGAUGCUGCUGACGCUCUACGCGGGGUACCUGUGCAGCGUCCGCGUCCAGAGGAUGCUCCAGCACCGCCGGGAGCGGGAGGAGAACACGCCUGGCCCCCAGAGCUGAGCCUGGGCUGGCGCUGGCACCGGGCCUGGCAGCUGGGACCAGCCUGGCACCGGGCCUGGCAGCUGGGACCGGCCUGGCACCGGGUUUGGCAGCUGGGACCAGCCUGGCACCGGGUUUGGCAGCUGAGACCAGCCCCAUGCCCAGCCUUGGGAGCUGAGCUGGGACUGGGACCAGCCCCAGGAGCUCAGUCUGGCCUGGGACUGGUCCUGCACCCAGUCUGGGACUGGGAUGAGCCCCAGGAGCUGAGCUGGGACUGGGACCAGCCCCAGGAGCUCAGUCUGGCCUGGGACUGGUCCUGCACCCAGUCUGGGACUGGGACCGGCCCCAGGAGCUGAGCUGGGCCCAGUGAACUGAGCCUGGCCUGGGACUGGUCCUGCACCCAAUCUGGGACUGGGACCAGCCCCUGGAGCUGAGCUGGGACAGGGACCAGCCCCAGGAGCUCAGUCUGACCCGGGACUGGUCCUGCACCCAGUCUGGGACUGGGAUGAGCCCCAGGAGCUGAGCUGGGACUGGUCCUGCAGCCAAUCUGGGACUGGGACCAGCCCCUGGAGCUGAGCUGGGACU